UCUACACGUCAUAAUUUUAUUUCGUGUUUUGUAUUUAUACUACCCUACAUUUAACGAAAAGCUAUAAUGCCAAAAAGGAAGAGUGAUGAGGAUAGUGAUGAAUACAUUAGACGCAAGAUGAGGAAAAUAGAAAAGAAAUUGCGCAGGCGCAAAAAACGUUCUCGUCGUUUAAGUUCAAGUAGCAACGACUUGGAAUCAAUCUGUGCGUCGCCCGUGCUGUCACUACCUGAAGAUGGCCUACCUUUGAUCAUUAAUGAUGAACAACAUGGCCUACCCACACAAAAUGUGGAUCUGGAAAAUCUGGAGCCUCUUCCAGGACCAUCCUCACCAGUUCUAACUGUUUCGGAGGAAUAUCCUUUAGACGACGAUAUCCUCGAGAUGCUAGGCGCAUCCCCGAAUAAAGCCAAAAAAACGGGGGACAACAUUCAAAAGGAUAUCGCAAUCAGAUGGCAGCAUAUUGCUACCUCAGGGCUUACAAAGGAAACUCGCAAAGAACUACUAGAUAAACAUCUUAUUCCUAGUAAUUGCACUAAGUUAGCUGCCCCGCUUUUAAAUUUAGAAAUAAAAGCGGCAUUGUCAGACACUUUGAUAGGCAAAGAUAAGAGCACUGAGUACAGGCAAAAUCAAAUUGCAUCAGCAAUUUCGUGCAUUGGAGUGGCUCUGACAAAGAUAUUUAAAUCGGACUCAAAAGACUCCACGAUAAUAAAACCUUUACUUGAGGGUGCUCAAUUACUGUGCGACUUUCAAUUCUGCGAGUCAAUGAAAAGAAGAAGCCUUAUUUGCGCCUCUAUCAAGAAAGAAAUGAAGAGCCAAUUGUAUGAAACCGAAAUUGAUACCUACCUAUUUGGCGAGAAACUGGCUGAUACUCUUAAAGCUGCUAAAGCUAUCAGCAGGUCGGCCUCUGAGAUUAAAGCAUCUAAGCCCAAGACCACAAUAGGACGUCCUCAGUCUCGUGCUUUAAACUCCAAGCCUCAGCCGGUGACCAGCAGGCAGCCAGGCAAGAGGAGGCAAGAGCCUGCUGCGUAUACGCAGAUUCAAGCCGUGUAUCCACCUCCUAUCCCACAGCAACGGCGACAGUAUAUGGCACCACUGCCACCACCACCGCCGCCACCCCCUCCACCACUACUGCUGCCGCCGCCGCCAUUGCAGUCACAACAGCGAUCCAGGCAGCAGCGCCCCUAUCAACGACGCUAGACUCGCACGGCAACGUUACCGCAGUUCAAACUUAUGGCCGGAAAAUUAUCAGGGAAGCUUAUGCCAGAAGAGGUGUACCAUCAAAUUCAUUAGACGUAAUCUGUGCUUCUUUAUCAAACAAUUCAGAAA